GUGCAAUUAUACUGGUCUGCUGGUCUUCUGGCCGGAAUUCCUGUAAGUGGUAUAAAAAAAAUACGUUUGAAAAAAAUACGGAGGUCUAGACAUUUCCGUAUGUCUAUGCAAACACAAGGGGUCUUCCUGAUGAAUAAGGAGCAGAAGGCGGUAGUCCCGGUUGACUUUAAAGAAAAGGAUAUAUCCAUGAUUCCUUUCAUUCAAUUUUAUUUGACUGUAGCGACUGGGUGUGAAGAAACCUUGGAAGUAAUCAAGCAGCUAAAAAAAGAACACAAAAUGACGGUGAAUGCAGCGACGGCAAAUGGAAAUCAGGAUUCUAGACUAAAUUUGUUAAGCAUUGUCAAUCCAAGCAUAAUCAGGCUAAACGAAGGAAAACAUAUGAACGUUGUCGCAGAAGAAGGGCCCAUGAGUGCACCUGGUAGCCCGGAUUGCAAUUGAAAACACUUUUAAUUUUUUUUUUAACCUUUUUUUUCUGUAUAAAUUCCUUUGUUCCAAUAUUAUAACAAUAUCUUCUAUCUCUGUUAAAAAAAAACGCGAAUUAGACCUGGUAAACCCGUAAAUUGAGAAUCAAAGAAACCACAAAUUAACCAAUAAAAAAAGCGCAAAUAGGGGUUCAUGGUGG